AUGAAAGUCUUUGGUGAUGCUGGCUGGUCUAAGCUGUUACACGGUUAUCGUGGCCAUUUGCUUCGAUCUGCCACAACGUAUUCAAUUACUGAAUAUUUCCAUGUUUUGGGAGACUUUUGUGUGUCAACGUCAGACCGUCUAACCACACAGCUUCCAGCAACAUCGAUAACCGAUAUUCGUCAAGCUCAUGACAAUGAAGAGAAAAAAAAAUCUCGUCAUCGUUCUUUUUCGUUCUUCUCAGCGCCAGGAAAGGAGAAAGAGCUAAUCAGUCCAUAA